AUGGCAUCAGGUCCUUCUGGCCCUCCUAUUCCACCUUCAGGAAAUUCUAAUAAGGGCAAGGGGAAGAAAUCUUACGUAGUGAAGUUGAUGACACGUUUCAAUACUGAAAUUGGUUCAACCAGUCAACCAACUACACCUACCUCUACCUCUACUGGUAGAUCUGUUCCACCUCCAUUAGUUGUUCCUGCCUUCACUCCCACUCCACAUCAAGUUCCUACAUCUUCACCUACCUCUAUUGGUACAUCUCUUCCACCUCCAAUACAAGUGCCUGGCUUGACACCCACUCCAUACCAAGUGCCUCCUUAUCUUCAGGCUUCACUCUCUCCCAAUGUUGGUUCUAACCCAUCAACUCCCAGAAAUAUUGCAGCAUCACCUGGUAUAGAGGAUGCAGAUCCACAUUCUAGUUCAGCCGCCAAUAACAUGGAAGAAUGUUCCAAUAGUCGUCCUAUGAUUACACCCGUUGGAGGAGGGUUUUAUCCUACAAAAACUGCAUCCAAGGCAAUCACAGUGGUAGUGUACGAAGGUGUGAUUAGGGAAAAGGCAACAAGCAAAGAAGAUUGUCCACAAUUCCUGAAAG